AUGCCGCGCAUAAGGAGAUUUACAGUAAGAAAAAGUUCAACAACAUCAUCUACUCCUCCAAUCCUAGAAACUCAAAAUGUGCAGUCCAAUGUUGCCAUACAAAAUGUAGGCCAAGAAGAUCAAGUUCAUUCUCCAUCCCAAGAACCAGCUGAUGUACCACUUGAAGUACAACGGGUUAAGAGAGCAUGCAACAAAUACUGGGUUGUUGAAGUUAUAGAUGAUAGAGGAAGGAAAUCCGAGGAAAGAUUGAGGAUCAAGGAUGUUUUGGUACUGCCGGAACACAAGAAGGUUUUGGUACAAUGGUCUGAAGAUGGUCAACCUAUUGGGGAUGGUUCUUCACUUUUGAAUGGCUUUUUGGGACAUCUUGCAUGUAACACUAAUCUAUUCCCCAUAAGUUAUGUGAGGUGGCCUGAUGUACUUCCCUGCUAUAAGACUGAUGUUUGGGAAAACACAAUUAAGAAAAAGUUUGACCUUUGCACUGAUGACGAGCACGACUAUUGUAUGGGAAAUAUAGGUAAAAAGUGGAAGGAUAAUAGGCACAGGUGUGUUGAUUUUAUUGACAAAAACAAAACUUUUGAGGAAAACCUAGAAAAUUAUCCAUACGGUACGACUAGAGAGCAGUGGGCUGGUUUUUUGACUUAUAAGACAAGUGAGAAAGCACAGAAAUAUAGUGAGAUUAAUACAAGAAAUCGAGCAAAACAGACUAUAAUGCAUACACUUGGUGCUAAAUCUAUUGCAAAGACAAAACACGAAUUGGAAAAAAAACUUGGACGCAAAAUUAGUAAGGGGGAAAUGUAUACCAUUGGGCAUAAGAAAAAAGAUGGCAGCUUUGUUAGUGAGGAAGCUAGAUCAAAGAAUGACGAAUUACUAGAAGAAAUUGAAGAUGCAUCUGAUGAAGAUGAAGCCUUUGAAAUUGUGUUUGGGAAGGAGCACUCAGGUCGCGUUAGAGGAAUGAGGUUUGGGGUGGUUCCAUCUCAAAUGCGUAAGCGCAAA